CUCGCAGGUGGAUGAAUUGUGAGGUGAGCGCGUCCGGAGCAGCACCGACGGCCCUCGCGUCGCGCAUGGCCAGCACGUGCGUCCAGUGAUCAUCGAGAUGAGUGUCUGCUGAGUGUCCGCGACUUAUCCCACAGUGUGCAUCGUUCGGACGCUCUCACAAUGAGGAACAAGUGCAUUUUCGUGUUUCUGGCCGCUGUCCUGCUCGUCGUCAUUUGCGGCGUGGACGCCCAAAGGAAAGAAGGACGACGCCGGGGGCAGCAACGGCAUCGCGAGCGCAUCUCCGUGGAGGCGGUGCAGCAGAAACGCCUGUUCAGGGACGACGAAGGACUGUUCCCGUCGAUCCUGAACCUGGCGAGCACCGCCAUGAUCACCAGCAAUGCCACCUGCGGCGAGAAUGGCCCCGAGCGCUUCUGCAAACUGGCCGAGCACAGUACCAAGCGCGAGCCGCAGUGCUCUGUGUGCGACUCGAAAGCUCGCGAAACCGCCAGGAGACACCCUGCCGAGCUUGCCAUCGACGGCACCCACCGCUGGUGGCAGAGUCCCACCCUGCAGAACGGCCUCCGCUUCCAGUGGGUCACGAUCACCCUCGACCUCGGUCAGGUGUUCGAGGUCGCGUAUGUGAUAGUCAAAGCGGGCAAUUCGCCGCGGCCGGGCAACUGGAUCCUCGAGCGCUCGCUCGACGGCAAGACAUUCUUCCCGUGGCAGUACUACGCCAUCAGCGAAGAGGAAUGCGAAACCUGGUUCGGAGUGCCGCCUACCCCUGGCAGGCCGACCUACAGGGCGGACACAGAGGUCAUCUGCACUUCGCACUACUCCAAACUGGAACCCCUCGAGGGAGGGGAGAUUCACACGUCAAUCGUGAACGGCCGGCCAGGAGCAAACGAAUCGACUGUUCUUCUCCGCGAAUUCUCCCGCGCCCGAUUCGUGCGAUUGCGUCUGCAAAGGGUGCACACCCUGAACGCCGACCUUUUGAGCGGCUCCAGCGACCCAGGCCCCGAGUACGGCCGCGGCGACACCGGUCUCCCUCCUUCCUCGGUCGAAACCACCUCUUCGCAGAAAUACUUCUACUCUAUCAAGGACAUUUCCAUCGGUGGGCAGUGCGUCUGCCACGGACACGCCACUGAGUGUCCUCAGAACAAGAGCACUGGGAAACGUUCUUGUGUGUGCCGUCAUGAAACGUGCGGCGAAGAAUGCGACACGUGCUGUCCGAUGUUCAACCAGCUGCCCUGGAAGGCCGGAACCGCCCUGGACGCAGGCAAGUGCGAACCUUGCCAGUGUUUCGGACACGCCGACUCUUGCGUCUACGACGCCGAGGUGGCGCGAAACAGGCUCAGCCUCAACACCAACGGCGAGCACAAGGGAGGCGGUGUGUGCGUCGAUUGCAGGGAUCACACCACUGGAAUCAAUUGCGAACUGUGCGUCGUCGGCUAUUACAGACCGCCAGGCGUUCGGCGCGACAACUCGUCUCCGUGCCGACCGUGUCAGUGCCAUCAUGUUGGCUCGCCGAGUGGACGGUGCGCCUCUGUCGCUGAAGAAGGCGAAGAGCAAUUGGAGACUCCUGGGCAGUGCGAGUGCAGACCAGGGUACGGCGGCCGCCUCUGCGACAGGUGUGCUGCCGGCUUCAGGGGCUUCCCUGACUGCCAACCUUGCCCGUGUUCGAAGGAUGGCUCGAUCUUUUCUGAAGACUGCGAGGAACAAUGCCGCUGCAAGGAACACGUCGAAGGAGAAAGGUGUGACCGGUGCCAACCAGGCUACUUUGGUCUGAACGCUGAGCACCCUGGCGGCUGCAUUCCCUGCUUCUGCUCUGGCGUUCCUGGAGCGACUUGCGUUGAGGCGAAUCUGACCGUCUCGCUUGGCGAGCUCGGCUCAGAGGCAGGAUGGCACGUCACCGACCUUGAGAGGUCCAAAAUGAUCCCAGCCUCAAGAAUCGGCGCUAAUGGACCUCUGAGCAUCGCUGCUGACGACCUUCCGUUCCGAACAGAGAACUACUAUUGGAUCGCACCUCCGUUGCAGUACCUGGCCGACAUCCUCACCAGCUACGGACAGCAGCUGAAAAUGGAGCUGUCGUGGACAGCGGCUCGUGGUGACACCAGCGGCAGGCCGACCAUGUGCGCCGACCUUGUUCUCAUUGGCGAUGGCCUCACCAUUGGACUGGACAACAACGCCUACACGGGCACCAACGCCACCAUCAACGUCGUCCUCACUGAAGAGGGCUGGAGGCACAUGUUGCCGCCCGCCAAGGACAGACCUGUGAGCCGCGCAGACUUCCUCAGGGUCUUGGCUGGCCUCAGGCACGUCAUGAUCAGGGCCAAGUUCCACACUGAUCAAAUCGAAGGAAGAUUGAAUUUAGCCAGUCUAGAGAGAGGGGCCGAGGGUGGUGAUGGCCAGUCAGCCCGUUUUAUCGAACGCUGUCAGUGUCCUUAUGGCUACGCCGGCCUUUCAUGCGAAAAGUGCCAGGAAGGCUUCAGGCGGGAAAACAACACUCUUCACAUGGGGCUGUGCCUGCCAUGCGAUUGCAAUGGGCAUUCUCCAAUGUGCGACCCAUUCUCAGGAAAAUGUGGCUCUUGCGAGCACCACACGGAGGGCGACACCUGCGAACGGUGCCAGCCUGGCUACUACGGCGAUGCUCGGCAAAGGACACCAGACGCCUGCAAGAAGUGUGCUUGUCCCCUGGACUACCCUGAGUCUAACAAUUUUAGUCCAUCGUGCGACACUGUGCCUGGAAAUCCAAACGAGUAUGUCUGCACUGAUUGUCCACCUGGCUACGAAGGAACUCACUGCGAAAAAUGCGCUCCAGGUUUCUGGGGCAACCCGUCGCAGCCGGGGUCGACCUGCCAGCCGUGUCAGUGCUCGGAACUGCAUUCCGGCGGACAAGGUCCAAGCUGCGACCCUCUGACAGGACGCUGUCUCCGAUGCAGGGGAAACACAGUGGGCUGGCGCUGCGAAAUGUGCGCUCCAGGAUAUUUCGGCAACCCCGAGAGUGCCGACUGCCGCCCUUGUCAGUGCAACCCUGGUGGAUCUGAGAGCAACAACUGCGACCCGAGAACUGGCCAGUGCAAGUGUACGGCGCUCAUCACAGGAAGGCCCUGCGAUCGUUGUGAGCCUGGAAGAGGUGACAUCGCUGCGGGCUGCCCCUUCUGUCGCUGCCACCCUGAAGGCUCGGAAAGCAACCAGUGCGAUCCCAGGACAGGACAGUGUCCUUGCAGACCGGGAGUUGGCGGCAAGAACUGUGAUUCUUGCUUGCCGAAUCACUUUGGACUAAGCAGAAAUGGAUGCCACAGGUGUAACUGUGACCCCAACGGCUCAAACGGACCCACCUGCGACAUUGUGUCUGGACAGUGCUCUUGCAGGAACAACGUCGUUGGACGAACGUGUGAUCAGUGCCGACCUGGCUUUUGGGAUCUUCAGUCCAGAAACGGAUGCACGGCCUGUGACUGCGACCCUGUUGGUUGUGACGGAUCUAAAUGCGACAUCGUUACUGGGCAGUGCACCUGCUUACCAGGAGUAGGCGGCCGCCGCUGUGAAAAGUGCAGACCGGGCUACUUUGGAUUUUCAAAGCAGGGUUGCAAAGAAUGCGAGCCUUGCAACAAGCCAGGCCAUAUUUGCGAUCCAGACACCGGCAGAUGCGUCUGUCCCAUUCUCUCUGAAGGUUCCGCUUGCGAGAGGUGUAAAAAAGGUGCCUGGGGCCACCAGCAAGGCGCAGGAUGCAAGCCCUGCAGCUGUCACUCUGGCGGAUCAACGUCUGCCCAGUGCGACCACCGGUCAGGAAUGUGCACCUGCAGACCUGGCUUUGGAGGCAACAAAUGCGAGAAGUGUCUGCCUGGACACUACGGAUUCCCAAGGUGCAGGGCCUGUGACUGCAACGUCGCCGGUACCAAGAAGGAAGCCUGCCCCUUUGGCCAGCCUUGUGGCUGCGAUGAAACUGGACAGUGCAACUGCAAGGCUAACGCGGUGGGAAAACACUGUGAACUGUGCAAAAAGGGAACGUUCAGCAUGCACGACGACAACCCUGAAGGCUGUACACAUUGCUAUUGCUACGGAAGAUCAGGUCAAUGUGAACAAGCUCAGCUCGUGUGGACACAGAUUCGUAUGCUUUCUUGGAGAUCUGUCAGCAUUGAAUACGACUCUCCGCAACCGCAAUUCAGGCCGGGAGCACCGAUUUCGCCAGUCAAUACUCAAGAAAUUUGCUACAUUAAUUUGGCGAUUCCUGGAGUUCCUGACACUAAUCUGACCAACACUGACGGCACAUCUGUGAAAUUGAACAUUACAAACAACUUGAGAAUAAUUCCAGGAGACGUUGGAAAUGUCAGAAUUGGAGUCAGCUAUCUUUUUGACACUCCUUUGUACUGGAAAUUACCCAGCACCUUUUUCGGGGACAAGGUGCUGUCAUACAACGGCUUUUUGAGGUUCACCGUCGUAUCUUCUGGAGGACAAACCCUUCUGCCGCCCAACGUGUUAAGUUCCUACCCUCUGGUUCAGAUCCAAGGCAACAACAAAAUCGUUCUUGAGUACUUCUCCCCUCAACCAAGCAUCACUGGCCAGUAUCAAGUUCGGUUCCACGAGUCAAACUGGAAAGCCAAGCACAGUCCAGCAUCUGGUCCAGUGACUAGAGAGAUUAUGAUGCUCGCGCUCCAGAAUAUACAACACAUUCUCAUCAGAGCGUCUGACUCUGUCGACUUCCAGAGAGUAGAGAUAAGAGACGUAUCCUUGGAUCACGCCACUGCACCCAGAGAUCCUCAGGAGCCCAUUCAGUCAUGGCAGCUGGCCAGGGGUGUGGAGCAAUGCCAAUGUCCCGAUCAGUACAGAGCCUCGUCCUGCCAGAACCCUGCGAUAGGAUUCUACAGGUGGCAUCCUCCUGGCAGCGGUGCCGACAGCACCAUCAUUAUACAGUUGAUCGGUGAGGCGAGGCCAUGUUCCUGCAAUUCCAGAUCCGCCACCUGUGACAGCGAGACUGGCAAGUGCAAGAACUGCACAAACAACACUGAAGGAGUCACAUGCGACCGCUGUGCCAGCGGCUACUUUGGAAACCCAAAAGUGGAGCCGUGCCGGGCGUGUCCAUGUCCAACUCCCCAAAGUAACAGGGCCGUCAGUUGCGUGAUAGGAAGAGACGUGAGAUGCAGGUGCCAAAAAGGAUACUCUGGAUCCAGAUGCGAGAGAUGCUCUUACGGCUACUUUGGAUUCCCAAGCAUGCCCGGAGGCUCAUGUCAGCCGUGCAACUGCGACCCACGAGGAAGUGUAAGCGACGAGUGCCAUGAGCAGACCGGCCAUUGCAACUGCAGACCUGGCGUUGGUGGCCGCGACUGCACGGAGUGUCCUCGAGGGCAUAUCCUGGGUGACAAGGGAUGCCAGACAUGCGAAGGUUCGUGCACGGGUCCAUUGCUGCGGGAGGUGACCACCAUGUCUUCGCGCCUGAUGGAGAUUGAGCAGGCUGGCUUGACGCCAGUGCCGUGGGACCGUCUGCGCACCAUUGAGAGUGACGUCACUGGAAGGUUCAGACACAGUUUUGAACGGUGGAAGAGGAUCAUCACCACGCCGUUGCCGAAUACGGAAGUAGACAAUUUGCGGAAGCAGUCUCGACAAACUACUGCGAAGGCAAAGCGGAGAAAAGAUGACAGCCAAAAUCUGUCAAAAGACUCAGGAAAACUGGCACAAGACGCGCAAAAAUUACUCGACGACAUUCAUGAAAUGCAAUCAGACUCUGCAGCUGUGGUGGAUGAUUUGCGUCAUUAUGGGCGUCAAAGCGAAUCGAUGUCAGUGAAUAUUGCGGUCACUUUGAGAGAAGCUGGACUUCUUUUGGAUAAAAUGUCUUCUGCGAAGAUAAUAAAACACCGCCAGCUAGCAGAUGAAACUCUAAGGAAUGCAACUGACAAGCUAAACGAAAUAAAUCUACUCAUGAAAGAAAAUAUAUCCACUGUCUCAAUGGGUGCACUGCAAGAUGAUAUCAACGAAUUCAUAUUUAGAAUAAAUGAUUUGAAUAAACGCAUCCAAGAAACAAACGAAAAAUAUGACGAGAUUUCCAAGAAAAAUAGAUACACCACAGCAAACGCGGACAAGGCGGCUCAGGUUAUUCCAAAAAUAAAAUUUUCUUCAGAGGGUGAGAGAGCAGCGGCAAAAGAAAGGGAUCUCUUUAUUAAAGAGGCAGUUGUGUUUCUCGACGAGGCAAGAGAAAACUUUGAGGUCCUGUCCACUUUGAUUGAUGACGUGAGGGAUCGCACACAGCAGCUUGAUGCGAGAGGCCAAUCGCAUAGAGACAAUGCACAUUACAAAACUAAGUAUACUGCUCCAGCCAAAGACCACGCACGUAGACUUCUUCAGCAAGCCAAAGAUUUGAGCAGCCGCUUCAACGCAACUCGUGACUUUGCAAGUUUCGCUCUGAAAGCAGCUCAAGCAUACAAAAAUAUUGUGGACGCCAUUGGCAGCGCCUGGGAAUCGGCAAUAGAAGCAAAACUAGCAGCUGACAAGGCCAAGGAGCAGGUCCAUCCAGGUGGAACUUUAGGUGGACAAGAUGCCCUAUUGGUCAAAGCGAAAAGUGCGAGGGAGUUUUCAGAGCAGUUGAGUGAAGAUGCUCAGUCCGCCGUGAAGCACGUCGAAGGGUUGAGGCGCAAAUUUGAGGUGCAGAAAACUGAGUUCCAGCGCCUCAACACAAAUAUGCAAGGAACGAGCACAAAACACGACGUGCUUCUCUCGGACUUGAGUGGUGUCAAAUCUCAAGUGGGACCUGUUGUGGUUGAUGCGCUAACUAAGGCUAACUUGAUGCAAACUAAAAUAGGGGAAAUUACAAAGGAUACCAGCAGGCUGAGUAAAAACAUUGAAAACAAUCUUCGACCUUUGCUUGAGAGGAUCUCAUCUGGAGCAACUGAGAAAAUGCAGGAAACCGUGAAAGAAAUCGAACAAGCGAGAAGCAAUGUGCGGGAGUCGGAAUCGCUGCUGAAGUCUUUAACAAAGGAUGCUACGCAGCACAAUGCACGGCUCUCUCAGUGGAAUGACACCAUUUCUUCCCAACUGCAAGGACUGAGAGACAAAAUCGCCCAAGCAAGGCAUGCAGCCAAUGGGAUUCGACUCUCCCUUGGAAGUGUGAAAGGAAGGAGUUGUGUUCGUUCGUACAAAACCAACGCAGAGCCCUCCGCAACCAACAAAAUCGCGGUUACAUUCGCUUCCUCAAAAUCAGGCGAUGGACUUAUCUUCGUCCUUAAGUCUGACCCUGCGAUCAGCAAAGACUUCAUGGCUCUGGAGGUGCGGGACAAAAGAUUGCGCUUCACAUGGGACCUUGGCGGUGGCAACAGCUUUGUCACGCACCACCUGCCCAUCCGCCACUCAUCCAAUCUAGCUAACGACAGCAGCUGGUACCGUGCCGAGAUUGAGCGCACUGGACACGUCGUUCGAAUGAACGUGCGGCACAUCAUCUCGUCCAAGUGGGGUGAACCGGUCCAGAACAAUUCGCAGGCAGCCUUCACGAGGAUGGACGCUGGGCCUGGUGCCCUCCUCUGGCUCGGAGGCUACGACGGGCCUGAAGGAUCGACUCCCAAAGGAAUAUCGCUGACCCACAUGCCAGGUUGCAUCCACCAGGUUUGGCUGGACGGAAAGCCUCUCGGUCUGUGGGACUUCCACUCGAGCUCUGGCCCAGACUCGUGCAGUGCUUGCAUUGAGGGGCCUGAAGAGUUGAGACAAGAGGAGUCGUACUCGUUCCUUGGAGAUGGAUACUCCGUGCUGCACCACGACAGUUCCGUCACUUACAAUCCGUACCAGUUCAGUGUUCUGUUUACUUUCAAGUCAUAUGAUGAGGACGCUCUUCUCUUUUUGGCCAUCAAUCCCAAGAGAGAUCGAUUGAUUUCCUUGUCACUGAGGCAAGGCCGGGUUCACUUCAGGGUAGAUUAUGGUGGAAGUGCGAGGCUGGAACUCUCUACGAUUCAAAAUUACAACACUGGAGAGUGGGUUCGUGUAGACGCUGCCAGGCACUUUGACCGAAACAAGCGACUAGAGCGAGGUCUGCUGAGAGUUGGAGAUGAAGAGCACAGUGGGGCGCCUUCUCCUCCGCCUCUUUCCGGCUCUUUACUGGACUUGAUUGAAGGCGAAUUCAUUGUCGGAGGAGCUCCCCCUGGCUUCCUUGCGCCGUCCUCCAUCCCUCCUCCUGAGCUUAGAUCCUUCAGAGGGUGCAUCUCCUUCCUCCAGGUUGCUGACCAGGGCUACAACCUGCUUCGUGGCCCCUAUUAUUCGGUUGAGCCAGGGUGUUUGCCUGAGACUGCCAAGGUUGUGAGCUUCCAAGGCGACGGGUACUUGGAACUGGAUGGCCAGACUCUGAGCAGAAAGUCAUCCAUUGGACUAGUAUUUGCCACUACUCAACCAGACGCUCUGCUCCUUUUCUCAGAUCCCUACAGCAUAGAUUCUGGCCUUGCAACCUUCUACUCAGUGUCUUUGUACAAAGGACAGUUGCAUGUAAAAGUAGGCGGUGGAAAAUCUGUGACAACCGUCCGUUCAGGAAGCUUCUUUAACGAUGGAAAAUCUCAUUCAGUGUCUGUCAUAAAGUCCAACAGAAGGUUGGAACUCUACAUCGACGACAAGAGCAUCAGCGCAGCCAAACUGCCUGAAGGGUCCUACCCUGAAAUAAAGGCUCCUAAGAAGGGUGGACUGUACAUCGGUGGCUUGCCUGAGGAAUAUCCUCACAAUGUAACAGGCUUGGCAGCUUCCCUUGCACCUCUGGAUGGCUUUAUCAAAGAUGUCGUCAUUGGAAAUAAUUUACUGAGCAUGCAGCCACCGAAGAGUUUUUCUAAAGCAGGCAUUGGUCGGCACAGCCUUCCAGCACCCAGUCCGUCCAUGAUCAUGUCCACCGUGAGCAAUGGUGUGCGCAGCAUUCCCGACCCGCACACCGCCGGCCCGACGCACUGCGAGUCUAGCCGCUCUUACUCUGUGGAGCCAGGCGCAGUGAAGUUUGGGGACAAACCAAACAGCCACGUCACUCUGCAGAAGCUGUGGUUGAGGAACGGACUUCCCAAGAACUUCUCAAUUCAGUUUGAUUUCCGGACACACUACCCCAAUGGACUCUUCUUUUUGUUCCCAGCCAUCAGACCAAAGCAGAACCACUUUUUCAUGUUAAUGCUGAAAAACAGUCAGUUGGAAGUGAUCUUCGCAAAUGCGAAAAAGGAGCACAAAAUCAGGAUACAGAAGCCUCUGAAUGACGGAAAAUGGCAUCAGGUUGAAUUGCUGAAGUUUGACCAACGAGUGACAAUGCGGCUGGACGGAGUAGAAGUCGAGAGGAAGAAGGUGCAGAAGCGAUUGAAUAUUUUGAGCACGGCUUACGUUGGUGGCCUGCCAGAAAGCAAUUCCGGUGGCAUCAUCUCUUUCCAGCAGACCACGGAAAGCUACAAAGGUUGCAUGCGAAAUGUAAGGGUGAACGGCAAACCCCAAGAUUUGGUUGGACCCCGAGGCUCUAGCCACAACGUAGGACAGUGUUUCCCAAGGGUGGAGACUGGGUCCUUCUUCCCAGGAGACGCAUUUGCCGUUUAUCAAAACACGUUCCAUGUUGGGUCCAUGUUUGAGCUUGAACUGGAGUUCCGAACAUCUGAGCUGAACGGCGUGCUGCUAAGUGUUUCUGAGCCUCAUGGUUAUCCAGCGCUAUCUUUGGAAAUACUCGAUGGACAGGUGAUUCUGUCUGGAGACGUUGGAAACAGGAAGCCUUUUAGGGUGCAGCAAACGUUCUCCUCUAAAUACACGACCUGUGAUAACAAAUGGCACCACGUGCAAGCCUUUUACAUCAACGACUCGCUCCUGCUCAGGGUGGACCAGCAGACCGCCAACUACGGCCACUCGGUCAAUGGAGGCCUCAAGGUGGCCCACACCAACAGUUCUUUGUACAUCGGUGGCUUGCCAGACAAUGCUCCAUUCGGGACCCUGCAAACGCGAGACAACUUCAAAGGCUGCAUUCGGAACAUGGCAAUCAAUGGCGAAAGACGCGACUGGACUGACAUGGCCGCGCUGCACAACGUGCUUUUGAAUGCGUGCCCGCUCUCCACAUACUGACGCAAAUGAAAGCAAUUGAGAAUAAAUCAGGGUAUUAAAUUUUCCACUCGGUGAGGUGGGAAAUGGUUGUCGAUUGCAGAGCCCUGUUUACGAUUAAUUGACCGCUGCAGUAUUAAAAUAUUAAUCGCAAGUAAUCCGUCCCAUUCACUGUUCACAGGUUGGUUUGUAAUUUUGUAACAAAUUUAAUAUCAAUGUGUUUGAUGUUUAACUCAAUUAAAUGUGGAUUACAUAUUUUUCUCAAACUUAGGAUAACAAAAUUAAUUGCAAGGGCUCCUUAUAAAUAAUAUUGUCCAAUGGAAUGUGUUCUUAUGAUAGAUAGAGGCUGUGAAAUCCACAAACACAAUUAUCAGUUACAGUUUAUUUCCAUAUGAUAGACAUUCAGUAAUAAUUGUUGUAUUCCAUUUCUUCAUUGCUCUCAUCUCGCAUAAUUUUCGGUCGUGCUCGAAAUUCUCAUUUUAGCCAAGGAACAUUUAGCUCUGGUAAGGAAUUAUUUUAAUUGUGAAUGCCCAUCAACAAACGCACUUCUGUAUUUUUGUAACUUAUUGCUGUAAGUUUGUUUAACAAAUCCUGAUUAAUAAGUGCAAUAAAAUUUGCAUUACUUUCAUUAGA